UCUAUCGCGAGCGUACUAGUUCUGGCUUAGAAAGUCUCGUUGAUGUUCGUCUUCACAUAACGUUAAAUUAAACACAAAAAACAUGAAAGACGCUGAGGGGUUGCCCGUGGAAACGGAAGCACUAAAAGCGUCUAAGGAGGCUGUAGACUUUCUGUGCAGCAUCGGCCCAGAAGACGUGGAUCGGUGCCUGUUGGUGAACUCUCUGGUGACCGUAUCCCACAGUGGCAGGGAGGUGGGAGAGUUUCGUGUUAGUGUCCAAAAGUCCAGCUACAACGAGGAGCCCUGCUACACGGUGCAAGCUGAUAGUCACGGAAAAAUUGAGGACUGGCCCUGUGGCACCUCCAUUGCGGCCUACGUGUCUGGAAGGCUCGAGACAUUAGAAGAGAAUCAUCAUGAAUAUAUGAAGCUGCAGGAACACACGCUGGACAGGAAGGUGCACAUAGUGAGACAAGACGGCCAUCUAGUGGUGAACAGAGUCAUUACAGAAAGAGAGGAAGUUAAUAAGCAUACGUUCACACUACCACUGGACUCUCUACGCGGGUUUGUGUCUGAAGCGUCCAAUCUCGUGAUGGUGCACAUUUUGGCUCAGCGAAAGAAGGUUCCAGAAAACAUGGUGUUCCUGUCAUUCGAUGCCGACACUCAAAUCGCUCUUUCAACCUACCGGGAGCUGGGGUCAAAGAAGCAGGUCGUUGGCAAAGAGUUGGUAGAUGUGUUUGGCAUUGAGAGGACCAUCUCCCCUACGGGAGACCACCCAGCUACCUGGCACUGCUACUUUCUGCCGGAUGGACAUUUAGCAAGUAGAGUGGAAGUGGGCUCGCCGGUCUCAAUGAUCCUUCUCCAGACUCCUGUCCCACCUGACGCAGGUCGGGGCGUUUUACCAAACCUGGCCCUUUUCAGCGUGAACCUUUACAUCAACGUUUACCAUGUUUUUUUUUGUUGUUUAUGGUUUUUAUUUUCCUCAGAGGACGGAGACCACAAGCCAGUCUUUGAGAAAAAACCCCUCAUCUGGGAGGAGGACAUGGAACUGUACUCAAAGUUUCUUGAUAGAAAGGAGGAGCUGAAAGCAGACCACUGCUCCUACGUUAGCCAGCACCCUGAGCUGAAGACGCUCCUGGCUGACUUCCUGCAGCUUCUGCUGCUGAGGAAACCAUGCGAUGUUUUUUCUUUUGCACGCGACUUCUUUGCCCCUUUUACCUUGCUACGUCCGCCGGACAGCAUCUUCGAGGCUUCGAGAUGCACGAUGGAUGCUAGAGUACAGAGAGAUGGAGAAUGCUAACUGAUUAAACCUUUGU